AUGGCCUGUUCCAGGAAUUUCACGUCCGUCCUUACAGUACUUAUUUUAGCCGCUGUGGAAUCCGUAAAGUUGCCUUCACAUUGGGCCAGAUGCAAAAACGACACUUCUUUGAACGAUUGUUUGAAAAUAUCGAUACAAAAUGCCAUGAGGGAUUUGGGAAAAGGAAAUAGAACUUUGGGUGUGCAACCUUUAGACCCUUGGAAGAUGAAGCUCUUUGUGUACAACCACGGUUCCAUCUCCACCGACCUGAAACUCACUGCUCGCGACGUUUCAGUCAUCGGGUUCAAAAACGCCAAAGUCGACUACGUCAGAACUAACUGGGAAACUAUGGAUCUGCAAAUCAACACACCCAAGCUGGUGCUCUUCGGCAAGUACGGAGUCGAAGGAAGGGUUGUUUUUGUGCCGAUAGAAGGAAAAGGAAAUUUCAGGAUUACCAUAGACGAUUUAACAUCGAGGAUGAAGUUUGUUUUUGAAAAGUACAAUAAAAAAGGAAAGGAGUUCAUCAGAGUGAAAGAAUCCACGUUGGUCCCUGAUGCAAAAAACAUAAGCGUCCGUUUUGACAACCUUUUCAAUGGCAACAAAGAUUUAGGAAACCGAAUGAACGAUUUGAUCAACCGAAAUUGGCGAUUUAUCCUGAACACCCUCCAGCCGAUCGGUCUGAAAUCGAUGGCCGCCCCAGUUAAAAUUGUUGUAAAUGAAUUGUUCUCAAGAGUUCCUGCCAGUGAUUUUAUUAUAAGUUAA